CUCUCUCUCGGUAUUCCGUCCCACGCGCACAGCACCGCCCACGCGAGGAUUUGCGUCAAGCCGGCGCGUGGGAGUGAGAGAGCAAUGCAGCUUACAUCGGAAUAUCCCCGCACAAGAGAGAGAAAGACAGCGCGAGAGGGAGACAGCACCGAUGAGUCUUCAACGCACUUUCUCUCCUGCGCGAGAGGCGGAGCACUGCCUCGAGACAGCGGCGAGCACCGGGAGCAGUCGCGCGCACCAGCUCCGAAAGAGAGCCAUGUCAGUGGUCCUGCCACGCUCCUUGGGUGAGCUACAACUGUACCGUAUCCUGCAGAAGGCAAACUUGCUCUGCUACUACGAAGCCUUCAUCCAGCAGGGCGGCGACGAUGUGCAGCAGCUCUGCGAGGCUGGCGAGGAAGAGUUCCUCGAGAUCAUGGCCCUUGUUGGAAUGGCGACCAAACCCCUCCAUGUUCGGAGGCUCCAGAAGUCCCUACGGGAUUGGGUCACCAACCCUUCCCUCUUCAACCAACCAUUGACAUCUCUUCCCGUUUGCAGUAUACCGGUGUACAAGCUACCCGAAAGUUCCCCGGGCAUCCACAGCAAUGGGCAACAGAACCAGCUUGCGGUUCCCAGGGCGUUAUUACCCACAAGCCCCAGUCCUGGAAGGCUGGAUCUCAGCAGGGACGGGACGCCAGGCUGCUCCCCACUGCAAGGGGCCAGCGAGAGUCGUUUCUGGGGAAGCGAGAGCGAGCACAGCCUAUCUCCGUCUGGAGCCUGUUCCCCCUGUUCUCCACAUGACGCCCUCGAAACUCUCGAUUCCACCGCCGUCCAGUGCGUGAUGGAGUGUGUAGAGCGACUAUCCCAAACGUUGCCCAAGAGCGACCUCACGGAAGUCAAAGAACACGUGCGUGCCAAUAAGAAGCUCAGCAAGAUGAUCGGCCACAUCUGCGAGAUGAACGAAGACGAUCCGCAGAAGGAGGUGGAGAUUCGGAAAUACAGCGCCAUCUAUGGGCGGUUUGAUUCCAAGAGGCGGGACGGACGGCAGCUAACGAUGCACGAGCUAACGGUAAAUGAAGCUUCUGCUCAGCUGUGCAUGAAAGAUCUAUCGCUGCUCACCCGAAGAGACGAGCUUUUCUCGUUGGCCAGGCAGAUUUCACGCGAAGUUACAUACAAAUACACCCGCAGGACCAGCAGGUCCCACUGUGGUGAUGAAGAUGAACCAUCUCCCAAGAGAAUCAAAUCUGAGGACGGUGUCUACGAUCUACAGGAGGCCCUUCACGUUCUUCAUACGCGCCAGGACGCUGUGAGAGAGCAGCUCGCAAUCGCCAAAUCUAAAGGAGACGAGACGAUCAGACUUAGUCUGCAGGUUGCCAGUUGGCGGAAAACGCUGCGUAUAGCGGUGGAAGCUAGCAAACAAACUGCGUCAGAAAUCACAGAUUCUACCCGACCUAAAAAGCAUCAGCAUCCAUCUAAAAAGCUGUAUAUCCAGAGGCAUAUUAAAAUGUGGAUAAAUCAACUCAUCAACUUGCAGUGUGGACAGCUAGACUCUCUGCUGACCAAGCAAGUGGAGCUCUUGCGUGAUGCUGCCAUCCAGGAGAGAUUGAAAUCGUUGGACUGGCGGAUUCCCACAGCGGCACUGAAAUACCUCGCACCCACCGCUCAGAACUGCAACAGCAGUCUCUCACAUCUCUCUGGCGAGAGACCCCUAAACUUGCGUCUGACUGAUGUUCCACUGGGCAGGCAAUUGGCCAAUGAGCUGAAGCGACAUCAUAAACAGAACGCAGAGGAACGACAUCAUAACCAGCAGAACUCUGAAGAGAGAAUGACGGCAGUCACAGAAAACGGGUCUCAAAAAGAGCUCAGGCUUCUGGACAAGAAGAUCAUCAAAUCAGAACCAGAGGACUCCAGAUAACGUCUUCAGCCUCUGAAUGAAACCUGCGUUGUUGUUUGCUCAUACUGAAACUGUGUGGCCUUAAGAACUGUAAAUGCCCAGAGAUCAAUUUAUUUUGAUUUUUAGUUUUUAAAAAAUAUUUUUUAUUUCUAAUAAUAUAACAAAAAAAACAUGAACAUCUUGCAGUCGGUGUACACCAAGAAAUUGUCUAAGAGCGUAUUUGUGACUGUGCAUCUUUUUGUACAUAGUCUCUGUUCGUUUAUUUGAUUGCAUGUCUUAUUCGUAAACUAUUUUUAUUUAAACUAUUCGUUAUUCAACCGAAGCACUCCCCAACUGAAGUUUCAUAGGAAACGGUUGUGUAGUCCUUAGAUUAGUUGAUCAUUUUAAAGUUAAAUGAUGACAUUCAUCUGUUCGUAACGGUUUGUCGGUGAGGAUGAACUUAACGUGUUACUUCGUAAAAGAAUACUGAAUAUGUAGAAUUAGCUUUGCGCGUUUUUGUGAUUGCGUCACUUUAGAUGUUAGUACUUGAAAAAAUUGUGUUCUGUAUUUGUUACCAGAAACCAGCAAGGCCCAUUCACACCAAAAACGAUAUCGUUAACAAUAUUAGCAUCCACACCAGUGGACGAUAUCGUUAUGUUUAUUCUAAGCGCAUGCUGCAGUUUUGUCGUCUGCCACUUUAAAUUCUAGAGUUCUUUAAAUCUGGUGGAUUCUGAUUGGCUGUCAUUGUUUUUAUUGUUCUUCAGCUGGGGAAGAAAAUAGUUCUGAAAGUGAUUGCAGCGAUAUCGUUUCUCUGUGAUGUUAUCGUAAUAGCUAUGGUGUGAACGAUUUUUAGAACUAUAUCGACCUUGGGGUGAACAGGCCUUAAUUCUCAGCAUACAAUAUUGUGUAUUUCGCUGUCAGUAAACGUUAACCGUUACAUUGUAACUGAUUUUUUUUCCGCAAAAAAAUUUCGCAAAAUUUUUUUCUUCAAACGUCGGUGUUUUGUUAGUUCGCUAUGCUAGUCUGUUGUGUCUUUUUCUAUGCACAUUUGUCAUGUUUCACUCUUCCGUGUCUUGUCUUUGUGAAAUCGUUCUACAAAUAAAAACCAAACUGGAAAAAUA